UUAAGAACCUUUGGCAUUCAAUGCUUAUAGUACGAAAUGAAUGGAUGUUUUGAAAACUGAAAAAAAUCACUAGUACAGAUAUUACAGGUUAUUAUAUGAGUUAAGAAGACUGAUUAGAAAUUAACGACAUAUAGUGACACUCAUUUGUCAAAGAAUUAUAAAGGAACAUAAUCAUAACCAUGGAGAGAGGAGACAUCACAGCGGGCGAUACUGUCCCCAAAGGACGGAUACGAGCGGAAAGUCCUUCAGGGGAAAACCAAGCCGAGGAUUCCGGAACCCUGUCUGAGAUAGAAGGGGUAAAUCCAGCAUUGAGUAGUUGGGAAGAAUCGUUGCACCAGCAUUGCGUGGGAAAUCAGGCAAUGUGUAGCGAAAACGUAACUGGAGAAAAUGUGGAGCCAGCACUCCAGAGGCUGACACAGUUGUUGCAGACGGCGUUUGUCCAGAUAAUUGGCGUGCACGAUACUAUGAAAGGGUUGAAGGCUGAAUUAAAGGGCACGGAAGCUAUGCUGGGGAAAAUGAAGACCGAAAUGAAUGACACAAUGGCCAUGCUUUACGACUCCCGUGCCAAAUUGACACAGCAGUUUCAGGAAUUAGCCGACUCCAUUCGUCAGACAGGCGAAGCAAUAUCGUUGGAAAGUACUACCGUCCAUGAAGAGAAUAUAUGCCCCAGAAAACAAUCUCCUCAAAGCCUUUCAAAAGGACUGAACAGCGAAGGAGCCAAAGAAACCUUGAUUGGAAAGAAUCCGAGGCUAGCUUUAGCCACCGCCGCUUCUGCUUCUGUUGAUUCUGAGGAACAUGGUUCACGGCAGGACGCAGAAAACACUGAAAAAAACGUAGACGAGGAAAAGGUAGCCAGUGGGGUUCUGCUGGAUAAGACACAGGACUUACAUAAUAAAGUCACUGGAGCAACGAGCGGCGUAAAGAAAAAGAAAAAGAACCCUGAGGCCAGAAAGAAGGAAGAUAUGGAACUCGCACUUUGUGUCAUCAAAGCCCUGAAGCGAGAAGGCAGAUCCAAGUUUGAAGGUGGCCGAGGCAGGAACCAGAAACAUUAGCCCAGGAUUACCCAAGGCAUCGUGAAAUGUAUACGAGUAAUUCAACACUAUUGUGUAAAUUUCAUGAAAUACAUUUUAUGUCGGACGGAGAAAGCUGAAAACAUUGGUGGCAUCGUAUACUAUAGCUGUGUGCAAAGAAACAUUAACGGCAGAACUGGCAAAUGGUUCUGUUAUAUCAUGGAGACCUACUGUUUUAUUUAUUUUUCUUCAGUAAGCGGUGUGCAAGGACAAAGACGGCAAAAUACGAUAUUCCAGAUAUCGCGAACUAUGAUCACACUAAUGGAACAAAUUCUCUCACAUUGAGAUACAACACACGCAUGUAUUUGUGUUUGUGUUUGUUGCAUCCGAAAAUAGUUGAAUAGUUGAACAUAGUUGAGAAAUAUUACCGAGUCGUCAGAAUGGAUCUAAGUUAAUCAGAAGUAGAUCUGAGGAUUGAGUCGAGUUUCCCACCACAAACAAUGACGAUACACUGGAAAAUUCCGGCAAUUUUCUCGGAAGAUAAGAAAAGAGGAGCGCAGGUCAUCCGGCUUCACCAUCUGGUACAACACGAAGGUCAUAGAUGGGAUCCAUGUCCGGCGUCCCUGCACAAGACUGUACCUUGUGGGGCCCUCAAGUCUUCUCACUACCCAAAGGACGUCGUCAGCUUAAGGAAUCCGGCAAUUUUCAAGUGUGUGUGUGUGUGUGUGUGUGUGUGUGUGUGUGUGUGUGUGUGUGUGUGUGUGUGUGUGUGUGUGUGUGUGUGUGUGUGUGUGUGUGUGUGUGUGUGUGCUUUGUAAUUACUGUUGCCUACAAGGUACCUGUAAAGUCAUGUAAGAGCCAAGAACCUUUUAAGACAGAUAUGUUACGUGAUUCCAAAUCGGUGUUCGAAGGUCUAUGUGCAUGUCACUUUAUCUGGAACCAGAUUAUUCAGCU